UAUGCCAUGUUGAAACCACUCUUUCUAAUGUAUAGAAAAUUAACACAAAAAUCACAUAAACUUUCAAAUUUCCCUCCAGAAAUCUCCGGUGGCUUACCGGUGAUCGGUCAUCUUCUCCAAUUCUCCGGCACCGACAGCAUUCCAUUGCAUCGAAAACUAUCCUCUUUGGCAGACAAAUAUGGCCCCAUUUUCACUUUCCGGCUAGGAAUACCGCGUGUAUUAGUGGUAAGUAGCUAUGAUGCUGUGAAGGAUUGUUUGAAUAUCAAUGAUAAAGUGUUUGCUGCCUGGCCGGGGAGUUUGGUCGGAGAGUAUAUCGGGUACAAUAAUGCAAUGCUUUUUCUUGCUAGAUAUGGUGAUUACUGGAGAAAGAUUAGGAAAAUUGUAAUUAACGAAGUUUUGUCAAGUAGUAAGUUGGAGAAAUUGAGAAAUGUGAGGGUUUCUGAAGUGAAAACUAGUAUUAAAGA